AUGUCUUCAAAGCAGUUCUAUCUCCAGGGCGAGGCGCCGUCAACCGCGAGGGAAAUCGAAAUCCCCAGCGGGACAGACGAGGAUGGUUUGCGACACCUCAUCGCAUCUGAAUUUGCCAUCGUCGAGUCCAAAGGUGUGGGAUUCGUAUCACAGGAUGUGGCUCUGACAUCGCUCGCCGAUGUCCUGGCGGCAGACAGCGGUCCUAUAGCCAGCACUAUCGACGGAAAGGCAGUCCGCGAGGUUCCCGGUCCAGCCGGCCUACCGUAUAUCGGGAACUACUUCGAGGUAUAUCCUGACCAUCUCGGCAACCACCAGCGGUUAUUCGAGAAAUAUGGCCCCUUCAUCAGGACAACAAACAUGGGCAGCGUGGUAUAUCAGACGAAUGACCCGGCCCUCGCCGCAAUUGUCUUCGGCGAGAGCGACUUCUUCACAAAGAAGAUCAUCGACGGCCAUCCUCUUCACCCGAUCAAAAACCAGGAAGCCGGUGUUUUCCUGGGCGACACCGACACCGAGGAGUGGAGGACCGCCCACAAGUUUCUACCUCCAGCUUUCGGUCCGCGUGCGGUGAGGCAUUACGCACCGACCAUGCAGGCGACCGUCGAGGACUCAUUCAAGGUCUUCGACGAGCUGGAUGAGAGAGAGGAGGCCUGGAACGUGUACAUCUACAUGUUGAAGCUAGGCUCUCAAGCCGUUGGCAAGCUGGUUCUGGGAAUGGACUUUCAUCAUUUCACCGCUGUUGACGCACGGUUACAUGAGAUGGUCCUGCGGAUCGCUCAGUCGCUUGAGUUGAACAAGAAGGUCACCUCGAUGGGCAGCUGGUACGCGGCCAUGCCGUUCGGCGACCCCAAGAAGCUGCGCGAAGCGAGGGUCCGAAUCAUGGAGAUGGUCAACGAGUCGAUAGAGAACGCUUCUAAAGGCGUCGAGAGCCUGGAGCUCCAGGAGGCCGCCUUGAAGGCGGAGAACAUGGUCGACUACGUUCUGCGUGCCACAGAUAGCAAGGGUAACAAGCUACCGAAAGAACGCAUCAUGGAGCCCCUGGUGGUAGCAACAGGCGCAGGCUUCACCACCACCUCGUCCCUGCUCUCCUGGCUUAUAUAUGGCUUGGUGGCUUACCCAGGAAUGCAGGAACGGCUCCUGCAGGAGCUGGUCGACAACGGCGUCGACGAGACCACCCAGCUCACAGCAGACCUGACGAACAAGCUCAGUUUCCUCGACAAGUACAUCAAGGAGACGCAGCGCCGACACAACCCUUCAUACCAGCCCGCACGAACGUCCAAGGUCGACAUGAUCCUGCCCGGAGGUUACAAGCUGCCGAAGGACAGCAUCGUAAUCCCCGCCCUGCACCACAUCCACAUGAACACGAAGCUGUGGGACAACCCGACCGAGUUCAACCCCGACCGCUGGGACACGGAGCGCGUCAAGAACCGGCCUUAUGGGAGCUACGUCCCGUUCGCCGCGGGACCGCGCAUGUGCAUCGGCUUCAACUUCGCGCUGCAGGAGGUCAAGGUCUUUCUGCCGAAGCUGGUUUAUCGGUACAAGUUCAGCCUGGCGACGGAAGGCGCCGUCGAUUACGAUCCCAUGUUCCAGCUGAUCAGGCCAAAUAACCUGUAUGUCAGAGCGGAGCGCAGGGUCAAGUGGCCGCCGAGGAGUGAUGCAUAG